AAAGAUGGAGGCUUUAAAACCUUUGUUCCGGCCUUUUUCCUUUUUCACUCUGCCAACUCCAAACGGUCAAAGACGGCCAUGGAGACGUCGGACGCCGCCGCCGCCGCACCAGUGAUGUCAUCUUUUCCGUCUCCGUCGUCGUCCUCUUCGUCCUCUGACUUUGAGUUCACUGUGUCCGUCUCCCCCGCCGCCUCGAAGCGCUCUUGCCCGGCCGACGAGCUAUUCUACAAGGGGCAGCUCCUGCCCCUCCACCCCUCCACCCGAAUAUGCAUGGUCCGUACCCUUCUCCUCAGCUCCGCCUCCGCCUCCUCCUCCUCCACCGCCACCACCGCUUCCCGCGACUCCACCGCCAGCUCCUCCUCUUCCUCCUCCGCCUUCUCCGCCGCCGAUUCGCUUCUCCCCGACAGCUGCAACUCCUCCUCCCGCCCCAGCUCCGUCGCCGAAGACGAUGCCCGCCGCUUUUCCGCCCCGGCUGCCAAACGCCCAGCCGUCGUCGCCGCAGCCGCCGCCGGCGGCGGCGCCAAGUAUCUCUCCUCCCUAGCCAACCGCUUCUCCUCCGCCUUCUCCUUACACCGCGGCGGCAGCAAAAAACUCGACCCCAUCGAGGCCUCCCCCGCGGCACCGCCGCCGCCGCCUCCGGCAGCGAAGCGCGCGAAGGAGGUGAUCAAGAAGUACGUGAAAAAAGUGAGGCCAAUCUACGAGAAGCUCUCCGCCAUGCAACAGAAGAACAAGAAGAAGCCUACGACCUUCUCCUUCUCCGACCGUCUAUUCCCCGGCAAGAAAAAUACUCCGGCGACCGGCGCCGACGCGGCGGCCUUCUCGCAGUCGUCCUUCUCCGGCAACCUUUUCGGCCUCCAUCCGCCUGCGAGGAAGGAGCGGUGGGCGGCGAGCUGCCCAUCGUCCAUGCGGUCUUCCCCGAGCCACUCCGGCCUUCUCUACGCCGGCGACGCACCUCCGGCCGCUUCGCUGCAGCCUUCGUCCAUGGAGGAGCUACAGAGCGCCAUACAAAGCGCCAUAGCGCACUGCAAAAACUCAUUGACGCAACCGGCUAACCACAACGAGAUCAGAACCACCGGACCCUGAUUCAAAAAAAAAAAAAAACAGAAGCUUGGAUUAGUUUCCAAUCCACCGCCAGCGAUCGAAUCAUCGUUUGUUCUUGUUUCAUUCGUGUAGUAUUUUUUUUUUUUUUUGAGGGGGCUCUGUUUUCAGUCUGUUUUGUGUUGGUUCUCUGCAAGUCUUUUUCUCUGCA